AUGAAAGUGAAGAGCUCGGACGUUCUCAACUAUUUGUCUGACGAUUAUGAGGAUCCAAAGGAUAAAAUAUACAUUGGGCUACGUUUAAAGCAUGGGGAGUUUGUUUGGCUAAGCGGUGUAACCUGCAAUUACACACACUGGAAUCCAGAUGAACCAAACAAUCAUGGAAAGCAUACGCGAGGAAAAGGAACAGAAGACGCGGUUGAGCAAUACUCCGACAGAUGGUCACUAUGUAUUGGUAUGGUUGGAACGACACCGAAGGUAAAAAAAGAAUACCUUUUAUUUGCGAAAAACGACACUGUCCACUCAGCGAGAGACUUGUUUAACUUUAAUUUUUCCGUUUCUUCUCCAUUGAUUGUCCAUUUUUCCCCAUUGUCUGUCCAUUUCAGUGGGAUCUGA